GUCAUGAAAAUGGCUUGAUACUGAAGAUGCUAGGGCUCUUAAGGACGACACGGAUUAGACGUCCUUUUCUUGUGAUCACUGGCUUGAAAUAUUCUUGAGGCACCUCAAAGAAGUAACAGAGCUUCAAUCAAGCCGUGGCAGCGGACUUAGCAACUGAUUUUUCCCCUCAUGUUUUCUCUUUCCCCUCUUUCUUUCUCCUCCCUUUGCCUUCCUCCUCUUCUAGUACGCAGUGCAAAGAUGAUAAAGAUAGGUAGUAAAUGGCCACUUUCUGUAAGUGUCUAAGCAGAUUCUUAAAGGGCGAGGGAGGUAUCACAGAGAAUUUGAGCCUUGUUAGAAAGAUUAGAUGCUUUCUUUAAGCACCUGAAGAGUCUUUGGGUUGACAGGUAUUUGUAAAUAUGAAGUUACCUAUAAUUCAUCAUGAAGGUUAGAAUAUGUGGGACUUUUUCAAAAACAAGGAAAAUAACUUGAGAGUUUAUAGAGAUUUCUUUAUUUUCUGGUUUGGGAGCAUUCUCAUCCCCUGUGCUUUAACACUGGAGCCAGUCAAUCAUUUCUUUGGGAGCCAUUCAAAUCAUUCCAGGCAUCACUUGGCCAGUGAGCAGGUGAAGUCGGUGGGCACCAGAAUGCUAGCCUGCUCCCAGAAGCACUGCCAUCUGAUGGGAAAGCUGCUGAUGCCAUGCCUUAGCCUCCCUUAUUCUUGCCUCUUACUACAAAUGGGUGUGGGAUUGUGUUCAGAGCCAGUGUGCUGGGAAACCGCUCCCAGGACCAUCUUCAAUAGAGCCUAUGGCCUGGAGAAAAUGGAGACAUCCCUGGCUGCUCUCUGGCUGCUCUGGAGCCCAGUCCACCCUGGUCAGCCCACUUUUCUCAUACCCUGGCUGAGGCAGGGCCUUGCGGAGCCCCAUGACAUUUACCUUAGGGACUUAUUCCUUCCCUGGGCUGCUUUCCAGGUGUGAUAUGUCUUGACUCCUUCCCAAUUUUUUCCUGUCCAGAUGAGACCCCAGCUCUCCAACACAGAAUCUGGUGGCCUUUUGAGACAAGCACAACAGCUCCAACUGGCAGCCUCACUUCCCACCAGUUUAUCCAACUUCUGCCAAGGCUCUGAGAUGCCAACUAUGUCGAGGCCUGCACUUGAUGUCAAGGGUGGCAAUUCAUCUGCAAAGGAGGAUGCCAACCAAGAGAUGAAUUUUCACUCCAACCUGGGAGUGAAAGAUCGCAAAGCAGUAGCCAUCCUGCACUACCCCGGGGUGGCCUCAAAUGGAACCAAGGCCAGUGGGGCUGCCACUGGUUCCUCAGGAUCUCCAUCUCCAAUAGGCUCUCCUACUGCCACCCCUCCCACUAAACCCCCACCCUUCAACCUGCACCCCGCCCCUCACCUGCUGGCCAGUAUGCAGCUGCAGAAACUUAAUAGCCAGUAUCAUGGGAUGGCCACUGCCAUUCAGGGCCAACCCGGGGAGGCAGGGCCCCUGCAAAACUGGGGCUUUGGGGCUCAGGCGGGAGGGGCGGGAUCACUCUCUCCUCCUGCUGGUGCCCAGAGCCCUGCCAUCAUCGAUUCGGACCCAGUGGAUGAAGAAGUGCUGAUGUCACUGGUGGUGGAACUGGGACUGGACCGAGCCAACGAGCUUCCGGAGCUGUGGCUGGGGCAGAAUGAGUUUGACUUCACUGCAGACUUUCCAUCUGGCUGCUGAUGCCAACUGCCCCUAAAGAUGGAGGAAUAAAGCCACAAUUCUGUUGUAAAUAAAAAUAAAAGUUACUUACAAAGAGAUGGGCCAA